AUGUUCGAGUACAGCGACGGCACCAAGGUGAGCAUCGCGUCGAUGGGCUUUCUGCGGGGCACGGUGGUGGACCGCGACAACGACAUCGACGAGACCGGUCGCAUGGUGUGGCCCGGCUCUCGCGUGCUCGGUCUCUACUUGACUGCGAACCCGCACGUCGUGCGAAGUAAGCGCGUGCUGGAGGUGGGGGCCGGCUGUGGCGUGUCGGGCCUGAUUGCUGCCCGCUUCGCUGCCAAGGUGGUGCUCACCGACAGGAACGAAGAGGUGAUGGAUAUGUUGAACCAGAACAUCGAGCUGAACUCUCUCCAAGACAAGGCCGAGGGCAUGGUGAUGAAGUGGGUGGACGACGUGCCGGCCUUGAAACAGAAGUAUCCUCCCUUCGAGACCAUCAUCGGCUCGGAUGUGAUCUAUCCGGAGCAUUCGCAUCUCAUCCCAGCGCUCUUUGAGACGGUGGACGCUGCGUUGGCCUGCGAGGAGUCGUCUCUGUUCGUCAUCUCCUUCAUCCCGCGUACGGCCGGCCUCAAGCACAAAGUACUGAAGCAUGCGGACAAGUUUGGCUUCGCGUGCGAGCAGGUGCCCACCGAAGAAUACACGACGCAGGCGGCGCAAGAGUACUAA